AUGGUGAUGCUGGUGGUCAUGAUGUCGGUGGCGACAGUGAUGGUGGUGACGGCAAUAAUACCUAAUCUUUAUACAAGUUGGGUCUGCAGGGACCUCAACUGUCCAAAGGACAUCAAGUUGAGAGAAUCUAGGAAGCUGAAGCAGCAGACACCCAGGAUGAUUGGAUUAGACAAUUCACAUCAAAGGUGUGCCCCGCGCGGCGUGGACUCGGGUCGCUGCCGCCAUCCCGCUGGCGAGAGGCAGAGGAGAGGCCCGCCCGCUUGCCGGUCGGGCCAGUGUGGGCCAGUGCGUGAGGGCGCGGGGGGCCGUGUCAGCGAGACGCAAAGCGCAGCCGCCGCCACCGAACGGACAUGUUGGAGCCCAGCGCCGCCGCCUCUUUUUCCUCAUCCUCCGAACGGGACUGAGAGGGGGCCCGCCACCCCUCUGCCUCCUCAGCCGCCUGCCCCACCGCCUCGGCCGCAGCCUCUUCCUGCCCGGCCUCCGGCUCCGCCGCUCGUCGCCUCCACCGGCUCCUCAAGGCCCUGCCGGUUCCCCGGCUCCUCUCCGCCGCGGCGCGAGGUCUUAUGUGACCGGCGGGCCCGGAGCAGCCGCCGCCGCCGCAGCGCGAACAUGGACGCCGUCAACGCCUUCAACCAAGAGCUCUUUUCACUUAUGGAUAUGAAACCUCCCAUCUCUCGAGCCAAGAUGAUUCUCAUCACAAAAGCUGCUAUUAAAGCUAUAAAGCUUUAUAAGCAUGUGGUUCAAAUAGUAGAAAAGUUCAUCAAAAAGUGUAAACCAGAAUACAAGGUUCCAGGAUUAUAUGUAAUCGACUCAAUUGUGCGACAGUCUCGUCAUCAGUUUGGAACUGAUAAAGAUGUUUUUGGGCCAAGAUUCUCUAAAAACAUAACUGCCACAUUCCAAUAUCUGUAUCUUUGUCCAUCUGAAGAUAAGAGUAAAAUAGUUCGUGUAUUGAACCUUUGGCAAAAAAAUGGAGUAUUCAAAAUUGAAAUUAUUCAGCCUCUUUUGGACAUGGCAGCAGGAACCAGUAAUGCUGCUCCAGUAACAGAAAAUGUUACUAAUAAUGAAGGUUCACCUCCACCUCCAGUUAAAGUUGCUUCUGAACCCCCACAAGCCACUGCGAACUCUGUACCAAGCGUACCACAGUUGCCCAGCUCUGAUGCUUUUGCUGCUGUGGCCCAACUGUUUCAGACAACUCAAGGUCAACAGCUUCAGCAGAUCCUUCAGACUUUUCAACAGCCUCCAAAACCACAGUCUCCCGCCAUUGACAAUGCUGUGAUGGCUCAGGUUCAGGCUAUCACAGCUCAGUUAAAGACAGCUCCUACACAACCACCUGAACAAAAAGCUGCUUUCCCCCCACCUGAACAAAAAACUGCAUUUGACAAGAAGCUUCUUGAUAGAUUUGAUUAUGAUGAUGAGCCAGAAGCUGUGGAAGAAUCCAAGAAAGAAGAUGCUGUUGCCCCCUCGGCCACCACAACACCUGCUCCUGCCGCUGUUGUGCCCACUACGCCUGCUGCCGCCGCCGCACCUUCUGUGGCUGCACCCACUGCCUCUCCUCCACAGGCACCCUUUGGGUUUCCUGGAGAUGGCAUGCCACAACCAGCAUAUACGCAACAUCAGAACAUGGAUCAGUUCCCGCCUCGAAUGAUGGCAGUGCAGCAGGAUCCAGUGCACCAUCAGGUUCCACUUCCUCCUAAUGGACAGAUGCCAGGCUUUGGCCUUCUUCCUACACCUCCGUUUCCUCCCAUGGCUCAGCCCGUGAUUCCUCCAACUCCACCUGUGCAGCAGCCCUUCCAAACUUCCUUUCAGGCACAAAAUGAGCCACUUACACAGAAGGCACAUCAGGAAAUGGAAGUAGAACAACCUUGUAUUCAAGAGGCUAAGCGGCACAUAUCUGAUCACAGAAAGUCAAGAUCUAGAUCGGCAUCCAGGUCACCAAAAAGGAGACGAUCUCGAUCUGGUUCUAGAUCUCGAAGGUCUCGUCAUCGACGUUCUCGAUCUCGGUCCAGAGAUAGACGCCGACAUUCUCCUCGGUCUCGAUCCCAAGAAAGACGGGAUCGAGAAAAGGAAAGAGAGCGCCGGCAAAAAGGCCUUCCUCAGAUCAAAGCGGAAACUGCGAGUGUUUGUAGUACUACACUCUGGGUGGGACAGCUGGACAAAAGGACUACUCAGCAGGAUGUUGCCAGUCUUUUAGAAGAGUUUGGUCCAAUUGAAUCAAUUAACAUGAUCCCUCCCAGAGGUUGUGCCUAUAUUGUUAUGGUUCAUAGGCAAGACGCUUACCGUGCCCUGCAGAAACUCAGCCGAGGGAACUACAAAGUGAACCAGAAAUCCAUAAAGAUUGCCUGGGCCCUAAACAAAGGAAUAAAGGCAGAUUAUAAGCAGUAUUGGGAUGUAGAACUUGGUGUUACUUAUAUUCCAUGGGACAAAGUCAAGCCUGAAGAACUGGAGAGUUUCUGUGAAGGAGGAAUGUUGGACAGUGAUACACUUAAUCCAGAUUGGAAGGGAAUUCCCAAGAAGCAUGAAAAUGAAGUUGCUCAAAAUGGAGGAACCGAAACCUCACACACAGAAGCGGUGUCACCCAUCCCUAAACCUCUGCCCGUGCCUGUCCCUCCCAUCCCUGUGCCCGCGCCGAUAACAGUGCCACCUCCACAGGUCCCUCCACAUCAGCCAGGACCUCCUGUAGUUGGUGCUCUCCAGCCACCUGCUUUCACGCCUCCUUUGGGAAUUCCACCUCCAGGCUUUGGUCCUGGCGUUCCUCCUCCUCCACCUCCGCCACCGUUUUUGCGCCCAGGAUUCAACCCAAUGCAUUUGCCACCAGGUUUUCUUCCUCCUGGACCCCCUCCUCCUAUAACUCCACCAGUAUCCAUUCCUCCUCCUCACACUCCACCAAUAAGCAUCCCAAACUCUACUAUCGCUGGUAUAAAUGAAGACACUACAAAAGACUUAUCUAUUGGAAAUCCCAUUCCAACAGUGGUGUCUGGGGCUAGAGGAAACGCCGAGUCUGGUGACAGUGUGAAAAUGUAUGGCUCUGCUGUGCCACCUGCUGCACCCACGAAUCUGCCUACCCCUCCUGUAACCCAGCCUGUUUCACUUCUUGGUACCCAAGGAGUUGCGCCAGGUCCCGUCAUUGGGCUCCAGGCCCCAUCCACUGGUCUCCUCGGUGCCCGGCCUGGCCUGAUCCCACUCCAGCGCCCACCAGGAAUGCCGCCACCUCACUUACAGCGGUUUCCCUUGAUGCCACCUCGGCCCAUGCCUCCACACAUGAUGCACCGAGGUCCACCACCAGGCCCUGGGGGCUUCGGAAUGCCUCCGCCUCACGGAAUGAAAGGCCCCUUCCCACCCCACGGCCCCUUCGUCAGGCCUGGCGGGAUGCCGGGGCUCGGGGGCCCGGGGCCUGGCCCAGGGGGCCCCGAGGACCGCGACGGAAGACAGCCGCCACCGCCGCAGCAGCAGCAGCAGCAGCAGCAGCAGCCUGCACAGCCGCCGCCACAGCAGCCGCCGCCACAGCAGCCGCCGCCAGCCCAGCAGCAGCCACAGCCGUUCAGAAACGACAGCAGGCAGCAGCAGUUCAAUUCAGGUAGAGACCAAGAAAGGUUUGGAAGAAGAUCCUUUGGAAAUAGGGUGGAGAAUGACCGGGAACGGUACGGGAACCGUACCGAUGACCGAGAGAGGAGAGAGUGGGGAAGGAGGAGCCCCGACCGGGACAGGCACCGAGACCUGGAGGACAGGGACAGACGCGCUAGCGGGCAUCGAGACAGAGAGAGGGAUUCCAGGGAUAGAGAGUCCCGUAGAGAGAAGGAAGAGAGCCGGGGCAAGGAGAAGCCCGAGGGGGCAGACAGGGCGGGCAGUAACAAGACCGUGGAGCCUCCCACUAGCCAAGCGGGAAACGUAGACACUGCUUCAGAACUUCCCAAGGGGGAGCCUGGGCCUGCAGUUGCAAAGCCUUCCGAAGAGUUACCUGCUGAGGCUACCUCAUCCGUCGACCCCGAGAAGGACCCCAGCUCAGCAGCAGAGGCUCCUCGUUGA